AUGCUGGACCGCAGGUGCCUAACCCAGGAGGAGGCAGGUAAACUACGUCCCACGCCAUUGGACGAAGAUGACUGCAUCUCCUUGCAGGUACUAUUGCAGAUUGUACUAGAUUGCCAGCCCCGUGACGUUCAAGUUUGUGGCCGUGACCAACCGCCAAUGGUGAUUUACUCUGAUGCCUCCUUUGAAGAAGGAGUGCUCCGGCUUGGCUGGGUAUUGGUGUGUCCGGGUACCACCUACCAACCACGCGGGGGUACUUGUGUCGUUCCUCAGGAGGUCAUUGCUAGUUGGAUCCCGCGCAAGCAGCAGAUCUACCCGGGGGAAGCUGUGGUAGCCUUAGUGCUUCCAGCUCUCCUCCCGGCGCUAUUGGCGGAUCGUGACAUCCUCUGGUUCGUUGAUAACGAGAGCGCUGCUAGCACCCUAGUGCGCUGUGCUUCAUCUCAGUGUGAUGUCCACGAGAUUGCACAGUACUCGCACUACAUGCUGCAUAUGCUCCGCUCGAGGGUUUGGUACGAGUGGAUUGACUCCGAUUCCAACCCGAGCGAUGGACUGAGCCGAGCAGGCCUAGAGGACGAGUGGACACAGUCGCAGAACUGGUCCCUCCAAUCCUACUCUUUCCCACCGGGCUUAAGCCGUGGUGAGUUUCUACGCUCCCUCCGAAUUUGA